AUGAUCGAUAGAAGUUUUUAACUUAACUCUUCCUAUGAUUCUCAAAGUACAUUACCUCCUAAAAAUAAACAAUUCUCUCCUGUUAUCACAUAACUUAUGAGAAAAGAUAGAGAAAUUGAAUAAAUGCGGGAUGAGUUAUCAUAAUAGAAUUAUUUGAUUGAUGAAUUGUCUUAAUAAAUUCAUUAUUUGGAACAAUAACUUAGAGACAAUGAAGGAUUCAAAGAAAAAUAUUAAUCAUUAAGUGAAGAUUACAAUUAACAAUAAAAAGAUGUUCAAAAAUUAAAAGUACCUGUUUAAACUACUACAGCAAAAGAAAUUAUGAAUUUAUUUAUAGAAUAAGAUAAAUAAGGAGAGGAUAAUGUUCAAAUUAAAUAUAUUGAAACUACUCCAUAUUAUUAAUAAGAAUUAUAAGAGUCUAUUAACAGAGAAUUAGAAUAAAAAGAAAUAUUAGACAUAUUUAUAAGACAUUGUAGUUAAAUGAAUUAAUAAAUUAUAUCAAAGAAUUAAGAAAUACUAUAAUUGUCUAUAUAGAAACAAGAAGAAAUGGUUGAGUAACUUAUCAAAAAAGAAGAUGAAUUAUUAUUUUAUAAAGAAAAAAGUAGAGUACUUUUUGAACUAUUGUAAUGUAAUAUGGAUAUUACUAAAUUAUAUUAAAAAUAACAUUAAGGAUUGAGAUAAGCUUUAAAAGGUUGUUGGACUAUUAAUAUGGAUUAAUCUUAGUAAAUUGAAUAGGUAAUUAAAUUAUUAGAUAAUUCAUAUCAAUAAGGUAAUUCUCUUCCAUUUAAACCAAUAUUAGAUCAAAUAAAACAAUAAUCAAAUUAAAGCUAUUCUAAUAAAAUGAUGUCAUAAUUAGAGUUAUUUAUCAAUAAAGUAUGUAUAGUUGAUGGAAAGAAUCCUUUUGAAAAGGUGUAGAAGAUGAUUAAUUAAUUAGAUAAGUAUUAAUAAAUAUGCUAAAGUAUUUAAGAAGAAAAAUAAGAAAUGAUUGAGGAACUUUAAUAUUAUAAAAAUAAAUUAUUGGAAUAAGAUGAAACUAUCAAAGAGUUUGAGAAAUUAUUAAGUGAAAUGGAAGACAAUUAUCAUUAAUAGUUGAAUACUUAAACUUAAUAAUUAAAUGAAAUCAAUUAAAAGAAUGAAUUGAUUGCUCAUUAUUAAUUAAUAUUAGAUGAUUACAAAUUAUAAAUAUCAUCAAAAUAAGAUUAAAGAAUAAUAAAUGAUUAAGAAACUGAAACUCAGAAAGAAUAAUUAUUAGAAGAAGUUCUAAAAAUAAUAACUAUAAUUCUAUAGGGUUAUAAUACUAUGACGAAUGAUUAUUAAUUAAAUAUUGAUAUAAAUGGUAUCAAUUUAAAUAAGUAUAUAUAUAUUUUUUAUAAAUUAUGUAGGAAAGUACAAAUUGAUAUUAAUCCUGUGAUACAUAAUUAUAUAAAUAAAAUACAAUAACAAGUGAAUAAUUAAUUCAUGAGUACUGGUAAGAAUUAUUAUGAAUUAACUAAUCAUAUGGUAAAUUGUUUGUAAUUAAUGAAACAAUAAUUACCUCAACAUCAAUUAAAAGUAUGAGAUUUUAGUAAUUAAUUUAAGAAUUUUAUUAAUAAUACAAGUAUUGAAUACAUAGAAAAAUUUAAUCAAAUUAGUUAUUGCUAUUUUGUAAAGUAAGAAAAACUCACUAGUACAGAAAAGGAUAUAUAUAGAAAAUAUUACACUUAUAUACCAAGAUUAUUAGGUGAAUUAAUCGAAAACUAAACACAAACUUUUAUUAAAUUACUAAGAGAAAAAGUUUAUAAUAGUAUUAUGUGUGAACCUAUUGUUUAAAAUAAAACAUAUUAAUGA